UGACUGCCGUUAGAAGAGAAACUGGGCGCUGAUUUUGAGCCUCAACUACCUAUUCACAUUGAGACCUAGCAGUCUGUAUAACCAAAAUGGAUACGCAGUUUCUGAAAAUACCACCGAAGCGGACAUGAGUUUCUCUCCAACUACAGUGUAACGUUAGUUUCACAUAAUGGACCUGCCGUGUGUCGAGUGGCAAAAGCAUGUUGAACAGAAGUGGAGCCGACUCACUCUUGAUGAGAAGAAAUGCUUCUCGUCCCUGUUGGACAUAGAUGAGGUCUUUGAUUUUGGCCUGUCUCAAGUAAUCCAAGAGGACGUGGACUUUCUGUCGGGCAUUUCCAAGGACGAUCCUGUCCAGAAGGACCUGGAAAGAGCUGCCAGAUGCCGGAAGGAGGGCAACUCCAGUUUUAAAACCAGGGACUACACUGCUGCUGUCCUGCACUACUCACAGGGUGUGUGUUAUGCGUCUCUGAGCUCGGAGCAGCUCUCUCUGUGCUAUGCCAACCGUUCUGCAGCGCUAUUCCACCUCCAGCGCUACAGGGAGUGCCUCGAGGACAUCGACCGAGCCCUGAACCAUGGCUACCCAAGUCACCUGAAGCACAAACUACAGGACAGACAGGCACAGUGCCUCAACCACUUCCCCAACGGGACAGAGGAGAUAACCACCGCCACCAAGCAGGGGGCAGGGCACCAGGCAGAGGGGGUGUGUAGCAGGACCAACCCAAAGUCCCCAAACUCCCAGCAGCAGAGUGCUCUCUCCCCUGGUUUGUCCGUGUGCUUCAGCCCUGAAAAAGGGCGACACCUGGUGGCCACCAAGGGAAUCGCGGCCGGAGAGGAGAUAUUGGAGGACAGGGCUUACAGCUGUGUGCUAAUAGCAGGGAUGGGGAGAGGGAGAAGAGAGGAGACGGAGGAAGCAGGAGAAGUGUUUGGGACCGAGGUGAGGUACUGUCAUCAGUGUUUGGGGGAGACGGUGAGCCCUGUGCCAUGUGAGGGGUGCAGCUACGCCCGCUACUGCUCAGAGGGGUGUCGGAAGGGCGCGUGGGAGUGGCAUCAUCGCUGGGAGUGUCCAAUCGGAGCCGAGCUGAGUACUGCGGGGGUGAUGUCACAGCUGGCGCUGAGGGUGGCGUUAAAAGCGGGGGUGAAGGAGGUACUGAGGGCACGGGAACCAAUCAGAGACGUGGAUAACGAUUCUAAACUAAUCAGAGAGAAGAUUAGCUCCAAGAAUUCCAGUUCUAAGCCAAUCACAGAAAAGAUCCGCCCAAAGAUGAAGAAUUCUGGCUCCAGUGACGCCACAUCAACUGAGCCGGAGGUCAACGACCCCUCUGCUUAUUACCAUGGUGAUUCCUACCUGAGCGUCUACCACCUGCUGCCUCACCUGAAUGGCCACGCCCCCAGCCUGCGCUUCUUGUACUCUGUCACCAUAGCAACGCUCUACCUGCGGCUGCGCCAGGCGGGACCUCCUCCUGCGUCCUGGGAAAGGGGAGGAGUGUCAGAAAGCAUGACGUGCAGUAACCAAUCACGGGCCCCCGUGGAGGGAGAGGGCUGGGCUCCGGAGCUAAGCCUGCUGGGAAGUGUAGCUCUGAGGCACAUGCUGCAGCUGAGAUGUAACGCCCAGGCAGUGAGCCUGCUCAGAGACACAGGUGAUUUUACUGCGGUGCAGUCCACCCAGGAAGUGCGCAUUGCCACGGCAAUAUUCCCCACACUGAGUAUCCUAAACCACUCCUGUUGCCCCAACACAAGCCUCAACUUCAGGACCUCUCACCUGGUCUCACCUCAACCAGACCGAGGCUCUACUGAUGAACUGGUUUCCACUGAGCCUGAGGCUCCUGUCUCCGUCUCAGCUGGAGUAGCUGUCUCUAUCAGAGCAUCCAGAGACAUCUGUCCUGGACAGGAAGUCCUCCACUGUUAUGGUCCUCACAGCAGCAGGAUGGUGUUGUGUGAGCGUCGGCGACUCCUACAGGAGCAGUACCACUUCCUGUGUAUCUGUCAGGCCUGCAGUCUGGAUCAGGGGGAGGGGCCAGAGGGCAGAGGGGCUGGGCCAGACACACACCUGCAGUGUGGGAAGUGCGAGGCACCUGUAAAGCAGUGCAGUGUGGACGGUGCAGGGUGGGUCGUGUGUGUGCGGUCGUCUUGCGGUCAUCGUGUGUCACGCUCUGAAAUGGACCUCAGACUGCAGGAGGUCAGGGUUCAGCUGGAGCAGGCAGUGGACCUCCUGGAGACAGACAGACCAGCCCAGUCUGUCAUGUUGUUACAGAGAGCAGUGUCUCAGGCUGGUGUCUUUCUGAAAGAGACUCAUUCUCUACAGGGACAACUGGCUGAUACCAUGGCCAGAGCAUAUUCCACUAUGGGUGAGUGGCGAGGGGCAGUGGACCAGUUGGAGCGUAGUGUUUUAGCCAUCCGUUCCCAGUAUGGACAGGACAGUAUUGAACUGGGACGUCAGCUCUUUAAACUGGCACAGCUACACUUCAAUGGAGGUUUCCCAGGUCCAGCUCUCUCUGUGAUCUCCAGGGCCAGAAGACUCCUGUCCCUCCACUGUGGACCCCACUGUCCUGAGGUACAGGAACUACAUUCCAUGGAGGACUGUCUACAGGGGGUGUUGUAGGACUGUCUACAGGGGGUGUUGUAGGACUGUCUACAGGGGGUGUUGUAGGACUGUCUACAGGGGUGUUGUAGGACUGUCUACAGGGGUGUUGUAGGACUGUCUACUGGGGGUGUUGUAGGACUGUCUACUGGGGGUGUUGUAGGACUGUCUACUGGGGGUGUUGUAGGACUGUCUACAGGGGGUGUUGUAGGACUGUCUACAGGGGGUGUUGUAGGACUGUCUACAGGGGUGUUGUAGGACAGGGGGUGUUGUAGGACAGGGGGUGUUGUAGGACUGUCUACAGGGGUGUUGUAGGACUGUCUACAGGGGGUGUUGUAGGACUGUCUACAGGGGUGUUGGAGGACUGGGGGUGUUGUAGGACUGUCUACAGGGGUGUUGUAGGACUGUCUACAGGGGUGUUGGAGGACAGGCAGGGAGAGCUGAGUGAGUGGCAGUGUUGUAGUACUUGGUCUCUUUGAGUCUCUCCAUCUUGUCUCUGUGUGGGAUACAUUUGUCCUCUGUCUUGACUCGGUCUCAGACUGUGAGGACUCUUCAUUUCUUCCUGAGACCAGCGGAGUAAAAAACAACAACAUUAUCAGCUUCCAUUCAAUAAAUAAAACCCGCUUGGCCAGGACAAAUAUAUCCACUCCUUUCUUGAAACAUGUAAUACCUGAACAGCCUUUAAAUCUGUUCUGGACACAGUGGUGAACCUGUUGAACCUGGGCCCUUUGCUGCAGUCCAUGAUCAGAAGGGCCCUCUUUAUCCUCCUGGGUGGAAGGUUAUUCAUAUUGUUCCUAAUUAAUGAAGUUCAUAUAAAAUAAACAGAAUUCCGGUGUUUAAAUGUCUGUUUUUUUUUUGUUGUUAACUGAAAUAUAAUUUUUUGUAAAUGUUCUGUGAUGAAUAUAAGGUGUAAUAUCGGGAUGCAAUUUUAAUUUCAGCUCUUUUUUUUUUUUUUUUUUUUUCUCAACAAUUUUAUUUCAACUUUAUAUCUGACAUGGUGGAGGUGUCAUUUCUUUGUUUUUGUUUUUUUAAAGCCUCUAAACUUGUGUGUGUGUGGUGUAAUACUUUUGUUUCAAAGUAGAUUUAAGAUCAAUACUCUGUGACCCCGAUUUAGCCCACUGCAGUAAAAGGUUAACUUCU